UGUAAUAAUUUUUUAAUGAUGACGUGGACGCCAUAAAUGCCUCCAAUAAGAUUUACUGAUAAGCAAACAUAAAAAGAAAUACAAAAGAAGAAAGAAGAGGAAAAUAAGGAAACAAUCAACACAACAAUGGCGGUUGCGGUUGGAAGAGGCUUCCUUGUUCAACCUUGUUCUUAUUCUUCUUCACCCACAUUUCACAACAAAAUAUACAAACCCUCGUUGGGCUCAGCAACCACAUUUUGGUCUACUUUUGCCCCUCAGCGUUAUCCACAAGUUGCAGUUCAAGCUCAGCAGCGACCAACAUGGCUCCCUGGACUUGACCCUCCGCCAUAUUUGGAUGGAACUUUGGCUGGUGAUUAUGGGUUUGACCCUCUUGGCCUAGGAGAAGAUCCCAAGAGCUUGAAAUGGUUUGUUCAGGCAGAGUUGGUCCAUGCUCGCUUUGCCAUGGCUGGAGUUGCUGGAAUUCUAUUCACUGAUUUACUACGCGUUACAGGGAUCAGCAAUUUACCAGUUUGGUAUGAAGCUGGUGCAGUGAAAUUUGAAUUUGCCAGCACAAGAACUUUGAUUGUUGUUCAGUUUCUUUUAAUGGGGUUUGCUGAAACUAAAAGAUACAUGGAUUUCAUUAAUCCAGGUUCUCAAGCCAAAGAAGGAUCUUUCUUUGGAUUGGAAGCUGCACUGGAGGGUUUAGAACCUGGCUACCCUGGAGGUCCACUGCUAAAUCCACUUGGUCUGGCCAAAGAUAUUAAAAAUGCUCAUGAAUGGAAGCUGAAAGAGAUAAAAAAUGGAAGACUGGCGAUGAUAGCCAUGCUAGGCAUCUUUGUGCAAGCUUAUGUGACACAUGCAGGUCCAAUUGAUAACCUUGUAGAGCACCUUUCAAAUCCAUGGCAAAAGACCAUCAUUCAAACCCUUGCUAACUCUACUUCUUGAACCUCAAAACCAAAUGCGGAUAUCGAAGCUACUGGAAGCUCAGUGAUCGUCGAGGAUCAUCACCACACUAUCAAAUGUUAUUUUGGUACCUUUUGAACAUAUAUAUAUAUAUAUAUAUAUAUAUAUCAAAGUAUGGCAUGUAUAGGCUAGGAUUAAUGUGGUAUGUUUUGAGAUGUGUAUAUCUAGCAAUUUAAUAUGGCUUGAUUAUGAAUGAAUUUUGGUAUAUGCUUUGUGUUCAAAAAUAAUAUGUUUUAAUGCGUUUAUGAAUGGCCAAAUGAAAUGGUCAAUUUUGGUAA